UACUUAUCAUAAAUAGUUAAUGUAGUUGAUACAAGCGGUUCGACACGUCGUGCUUCACAAUUCCAUACGCAAGAGAAAAAAACGCAACUAAACAGCUGUGAUAUUUAAACAAUUAAUAUAGGUUGAAAUCACCUGCAAAACCUGCACAGGCUAAGAUUUGAUCGGUUUGCCGUGCGACGCUAUCUUAUCGCCGUUUGAAUAACAAUAGUUCCAUUGAAUCGGUCUCAAGAUGCGCAAACUACGAGGAGGACAAACUCGCGAAACCCGUAAACAGAAACAGGAACGCAGGGAAGAAAACAUGAAAAUCCAACAGCAGCUGAAAACAAUUGUUCUGCCCACUUGUGGAGUAAUCUUUCUAUGCAUAGUAGUGUAUGUUUUUCUGAAAACACGCACACGCAUUGAGGAGUUGUAGAAAGGGAGCAAGCUCAUUUGCUCGUUCCAUGUAUUUUUCCGCAAUACUUUUUAUAGUAUGACUUAUAAAGAUUCCUUAUUAUGUUUAGUAUUAAGUAUGAAGCUUUCUUCACUUUAAACCGCAAUUCCGUUGUCACAGAAACAUAAAAACUGCAUUUGAAUAGGAGAAACAAGAAUAUAAACCCAGUUGUACAAAAUAAUGCACUUUUGCGAUAUGCUCUAAUGAUAAAGAGAAAAUAUAUUUAAAUUAUCGUCGGAUGAAUACGGAGCAGAGAACAUUAUCUCGUUGAAA